AGACAACACUAUAGAUCAUGUGACUAACAUUGAUUGUGUAACACACUCAUGACUCUUGUUCCAGUUGUUAUUUCACGGAUUCACUGAUAAGAUUGCUCAAAGUGCAGGAUUUAGAACUGUGGCAAGACUCAGUUUAUUGUGCCUCUGUCUACUGUAUGCUAUGGAGAUCUGCGCUGUGUUAUUUACCUGCCUCGUCGCUGGACUUGCGCUCACUCAGGCGUAUCCGCUUCACGCAUCAUGCAAAGUUCAGUGGAGUCUUCCGUCAGUGAGUUGCCAGUCGUUCUCUUCCAAGAUUAUUGCACAGGCUAAGCUUUGGGAAAAGGAGGACAACUGCGCAGGGGGCGGGGAGAGGUGUCUAUAUAAGAUUACAGACCAGAGUGCACAGGAAAUCAAGGGGACUCACACGACCCCGGUCAAACACUACGUGGACGACAUCAGCUUCAAACUGACACCCGCCGGCGCCGGCUGUAACGUCGAGGGAUUUUCCACAUCUGAGACCUGGUACGCCUAUCUGGACUACGGCACCAACUACUGCAACCUCGAGAAUCUGAUUACAGGUGCCGGUUUGAACACCUCUCAAGGCUACACGGAGACGACCAAUGACGAUGUCUGCACGCAGUUCUCGAGCCACGACUGCGACAAAUACUAGGCCACCUUCAGCGACACCCAUAGUUACAUCAGCUGCGUUUUGGAAAAACCGGGCUUUAUGCAUGUUACAUUAAAACGUCGUCCCGAUUUUAUGAUUUUUUUUCCGUUUUAAGAACGUUUCUUGUAUAAUAAAAUCCAGUCUAGGCGGAAAGUAUCGUCACUGAUUGGCCUAUGCAGACUGCACAGGCUUAUUCGAGACGACACUUUACGCAUAUGCAUAGAUACAAGUUUUUCCAGAAAGCUUUUCAUAUUGUUAUGUACGUUGGACCUACCAAAUGAACACAGUUAUCAACAAAGUAACUUGUAUGUUUAAUAAAGUUUGUUAAAACUUAAUUUACAAACUGCGGAAUAAAGACCAACACAUUCGGCGAAAAUAAAGAGCUUGUACUGAAGAGAAAACUUAUCUUAAAUUGGAAAAUACAGCAAACAAAGAAGUGGAGAUUCGUAAAUACAUAUAAGUGGCAAAUACAAAAUAAGACACGAUAAAUAAUACGAACAACGCUGGAAUAGAAGAAAACUUACAACUGGAGAAUAAAACAACAAGAUGAGAUUUUUUUAGAACACAUAACAACAUGCGAUUGGAGAACUUUGUAGAACACGUCAUAACAUGCAAUGUUUUGAAAUCAUUCUAUAUUUAGUUUCAACAUGUCCUUAUUCAUAAAAAUGUUUUUAUAUAAUAAUCUUAAAAACUAUUUAUCUUUGAAGCAAUAUGGACCGCUCCCUGUGAAAAUCGGUCUGAAUGCAUGUCCGUAAAUUGUCGUUCCAGAUAAGGCUAUGCAGUCUGCACAGGCUAAUCAGGGACGACACAUUUCGCCUUCAUUGUAUUUUCCGCUUAAAUAAAGUGUCUUCUUAGCAAAAAUCUGAUUAUGCACGUCCUACCUCUAACUCCAACCCUAACCCUAGUUUUUUCCAGAGCGCAGGUCAUGUCAAUGUAAAAUGCAUAAUAUAACAUGUAUAACUGUACAGGUUCACCGGUAUAUAAUGCUGGAAAUUUUAUAAUUUGAUUAUAUUAAUAAAUCACAAAAUUUA